UGUCUUACUAAGUCAGCAAUUUUACUGAUGUGAUAAUUUAAUGCCAUGGAAUUCUUGUGAAACUCGGAACUGACCUAACGAUGUCGUGGUCAUCUCCAGCUCAAGGAUCCGCCCCGUCGCUGCGUCUGAGGCACCUGACUUCGCCUGAGAGAUCUUGGUUCUCCGCCACGACGGCAACAACCCAUGGGCGACCAACCUACCUCUGUCUCCCUCACGGCCGUCACCUUCUUCCCUCGGGUCAUUUUCCGCCACCAAUCCACCAUCACCGUCCGCACGAACCGAACCCCUCCUCCCGAGCUCCGAGCUCGAGGGGUCAUUGCAUUGCUUCUCGCUUCACCUCGCCUCUGCGGUUGCUCUGCCAGGCUGCCCGCCACCGCCUCCUUUCUCCGUCCCAUAAAACAGAAACAUGAAUGCUGUGAGCAAUGAAGUGACGAGUGAGUGUGUUUAGGGUGGAGUAUAAUAUGGUGGAUUAAACAAGGUGCAACUGUGCAAGUAGGAGUACUCACUCUCCUCAACAGUGCGGCAUUUAAGAAAACCAAUUGACCUCCAUGGCUUGAGCUUCCGUUCCCCACUAUAAAUACUUGCUGCAAUCUCUUCUUCUUCCCCACCACCGAAGCACCAGGAGGCAGGAGCACUCCUCAGAGGAAGCAGGGAAGGAAGCUUCCUCAGAGCAGAGCACACCCUGCAGCUGCAGAGCAUCGCAAGACAGUAAGCUGCAGCGACAGAGCGGGAUGAGCCGGGGCGGCCUGGACCUGAAGCUGCACCUGUCGCCCCCGGCGGCGGCGGCGGCGGCGUCGCCGGCGUCGUCGUCGGACGAGGAGUGGUCGUCGUCGUCGCCGAGCUCGUGCCUGUCGUCGGAGGGCGAGCGGGAGCCGCCGCAACGGGGGCACCACGGGCUGCAGUGGUCGGACAGCCCGGAGGCGACGUCCAUGGUGCUGGCGGCAUGCCCGCGCUGCCUCAUGUACGUCAUGCUCUCCGAGGCGGACCCGCGCUGCCCGCGGUGCCGCAGCCCCGUCCUCCUCGACUUCCUGCACCAUGCCGGCGCCGGCGCCCGCGGCAACGCCAACGGCGGCCGGGAGGGCGGCAACUACGGCUGCAAUAGCACCCCCGGCGGCAGUGGCGGCGGCGGCAGGAGGAACAGGAGGUCGUGAUCGUUCGCGGAGCCGCCGCAUCGGGAAACAAGAAGUUUUCCCCAAUUAGUAUUAGUAUCAUCAGUAGCGCUCCAAUGAUUAAUUAUGUCGUCGAAAGAAAAAGAACUGCUCCAGUGUAACCAUGAUAUAUCAUCUCCGCCGCCGCCGGCGACGGCGAGGUGGUAACCGUGGUAUAUCACGGAUACACUGGAGAGAAAUGGAACAUGAGAUCAUUCGUGCUCAGAUGCAGGACCAAAAGCCUCUUGUUUGCUUC